AUGCCCAUCGCCCGUGACUCCGUAUUAAGUAAGCCGUUUGAACAUGACCAGCCGCCGUCCUUUUCGCCAAAACUCUCGUUUUUGCAAUUAUCCAAGAUCCACAUGUCCAACGAGCCAGAGCCACCGCCGCCCCCCUACGACGACCAUUUUGAACGAGGGGACCCAUCGUCUCCAACAUGCCCAACAGGAGCCGUUCACGAGUGGUCAAAACCCUACUAUCCUCGCUCUGCCUACGUUAUGGCAAUCUUUCUCUUCCCUUGUGGCAUUCUGUGCUGUUUAAAAAUGAAAGAAGUGAAAUGCCUAAAGUGUCGUGCAGAGUACACCAUAGGGGAGGGUGAAGAGGAUCCCCAGAAAAAGGCCGAAAGAGAUCAAGCGUAUCGUCUCGGUUUUGCCAUUGGGGCUGUUGGACAGUUGGCACGAGGAGUAGGCGGCAGCGGCGGCGGCUAAAGGACCUCAUUCAGUAGUUUUUUUUUGCAUGUAUCUGUUACAUAAAUGUUUUGUAGAUAAAUAUCAUCUGUCUAAUA